AUGAAGGCGGCUGGAAAGAAAAGAAUGGAGCAGUUGGUGGAACUUGAAGAGUUUAUGAUGCAAGCGUAUGAGAAUGCCAAAAUUCAAAAGGAAAAAGUUAAGAAAUGGCAUGACAAGAAGAUCUUGAAAAGGGAAUUUGCUGAAGGACAAUUAGUUUUACUUUUCAAUUCAAGAUUAAAGUUAUUCCUAGGAAAGCUAAAGUCAAGAUGGUCUGGCCCUUUUAAGAUUACAAAGGUUUGUCUAGGAGGUGCAUUGGAGCUAAUAAAUGAGAAGGAUGGAGAAAGAUUCCUGGUGAAUGGUCAACGAGUGAAACAUUAUUUUUGGAGAAGAAAAAGAGGAAGUGGCUGUGCUUCACUUGAAGCCAGUUGGAGAAUGAUAUGUUCAUUUUUUUUGUCUUAG